AUGGCGACGGCGUCGACGGUAGCGGGUGUACCGGUAACACUAGCCCACUUCAAACAUGGCGGCCACGGCCGCCAACGUCCGCAGUGGUGUUUCCCACGGUCUCUUUGCCCACUCUAAAGAUGGCGGCUGCGGCGAGCCUGAGGAGAGCGGGUUGGGGGUUGCUGCGCUGCCAGGAGGCCAUCACACGCCAGCUGUACCCAGCCCAGCGUGCCUUCCAUUCUGCCACUGCAUGUAGACGAGCUUUGGAUGAGCCGAAACAGCAGCCCCCACAGUCCUCUACCCAGCAGCCUUCAGAGUCUCAAUCAGGGGGAGAACAGCAUGAUCAAGAGCCUCCGUAUUCACGCCCCAGUUACACUGAUCAGGGCGGUGAAGAAUCAGAAGGUUAUGAGAAUGAGGAACAGCUGCAGCUUCGGAUCCUGACAGCAGCUCUGGAGUUUGUGCCAAUUCACGGCUGGACAGCAGAUGCGAUUGCUGAGGGUGCCAAGUCACUGGGUCUCUCUGUUGCCGCAGCAGGGCUCUUUCAGAACAACGGCAGUGAACUGGUCCUGCACUUUGUGUCCCAGUGCAAUUCCCAGCUCUCUGAACUUCUGGAGGAGCAGCACAAGCUGGUGCAGCUGGGUCAGACAGAGAAGAAGAAGACAGACCAGUUUUUAAAGGAUGCUGUGGAAGCCAGACUGCGGAUGCUGAUUCCAUAUAUCGAGAAAUGGCCCCAGGCAAUCAGUGUGCUGUUGUUGCCACAAAAUAUCCCAGCCAGCCUGAACCUCCUCACAAGCAUGGUGGAUGACAUGUGGCACUAUGCAGGGGACCAAUCCACUGAUUUCAAUUGGUAUACUCGCCGGGCAGUACUGGCUGGCAUUUACAACACUACUGAGCUGGUGAUGCUUCAAGAUACCUCCCCUGACUUUGAGGACACCUGGGCCUUCCUAGAAAACCGAGUAGCCGAUGCCAUGAACAUGGGUCACACAGCUAAGCAGAUGCAGGCAACAGGAGCUGCGCUCAUCCAGGGCCUCAUGGGUGCUGCCGUGACCAUAAAGAAUAUCUCAGGACUGAGCCAGCGUCGAUGAAGCAGAAGAGUCGGGAAGAAGACCCAUCAUGGAACAGCAUGCAGAACUCUUAUCAUAUGAAUGCUAAACUAUCACAUCAUGUCUUUUAGCGCUAUUAAAACAACACAAUUCACCA